UCCCUUCCUCUCAACCACCGCCUCUCUUAUCGAUAUCGACACCCCACCUCCCAUCAUCGUCCCUGACACUCGCUCCAGCCUACUUGCCGUAGGCGUCGCUAAACCCAGCAUUGCUCGCUGCCAGGUUUAUUUCGGAGUCUCAUCAUGGAAAAGCUUCCUCCGACCCCUCCUAAGCCUUCUCCCCCCUCGUCUUCAACCCCCCCGGCAUCACUCCCUCCUAGACCCACGCCUGCCCAAGCACCUGUCCGUAGAUCAAUUACUGCCGUUAUUCCCCCGGCUCUUCCCAUGGGUCCUAGACCGAAGAAGUUCCCUGCGCAAGGUAUUGGCCGUGGCGCGAGCACAGCUUCCACGCCUUCCCCGGCCGGGCUCCAAGGGCACGCUAGUCUUCCUCUGAAACCCGGUAUUCCUGGAACGCCGCUACCGAGGGACACAGCUGCCAUCGUAUUGGCUGGGGGUAGGGAAGGAGAAGAAUAUUCGGCACCUAAGAAGACUUAUCAAGUUGUUACCAUAGACCCCGACGCAUCAUCUCUUAACGUUAACCGCGACGAAUUGGCUACAUCACAGUCACGUAUUAUGCCACCGUCUGAUAAUGUGCAACAGUUACAAACUCCUCCUAGUACAACUGGAGUCUCUUCUGCUGAGCAGUCUGUAGCAUGUGGCCUACCAGGAUCGUCCUCGCACGUAGGUUUACCCCUACAGCAAUCUUCAUCCCAACAAACCGCCCUUCCUGGCCCUGAUAUUGAAUCAAACGGCCAAGCCACUCAAUCCGAACAUGAAAAUUUGCAUCAACCAGGAGCCGAGCACGGACCAAUCCCAAAUGGUGGGCGGUCUGAAUUUCUGUUUUCGAGCGGUCACAAGUCUGAUAUUCCCGAUCAGGCUUUUGCUCAGCACUCAAGGUUUUCCCCCAAUCAGCAACCCCAAUUUUACGAGGGUACACAUACGAGCAGUUUUCAACCUAACAGACAUUUUCACCAAUUCGCUAGCCAUGAUAUGCCGCCACAUAGUUCUCAAUAUUCAUCCUUUGGGCCGCCACCCUCCAGUGGGCCAAUUCCACAUCAUCCCCAUUUUUUCCUACACGCUCAAAAUCAACCUCCAAUGUUUUAUCCCGCACAGUAUCCUUUCUCCGGGAACAUCACGCCCCCAAAUACAGGAUCAUUGCUACCUCCGAUGCCUCCUUUCCAGUCUCAAGGAGCAAUGGAAACCUCUGGCCAUACUUCGGAGGUCGGUAGUAGUACAAAUCCGCAAACGCCCUUUACACCGACUCAUCCUUUUCCUAUUCCUCCAGGACUCUCCCAUGCCCCCCAACAUUCCUAUUCUCCUUUGGCUCAGCCUACAGAACAGACUCUCCUUCAUAGCCAGCCACAGGACAGCAGUGCAUUCACCAAACCACAGACGGCUAAGCCAAGGCAGUCUAGCAUCUGUGACUAUAAUCCUCGUCUUCGAAAUAUAUCAUUCAUUGCUCCGUCUGAUUCCGACGAUGGAGCUGACAUUGAUAUAAAUGAUAGCGGACAGCCUCACGACCAACGUUCUCACACUCCUAUCCACCAGGAACUGGUCCACACAGCCUCCCAGCCUGAGAAACGAGCAUUCAUACAACAUGAGAGUAGCAAAUUACAUGUCCGUAGCGAGGUUUUCACUCCUGCAAAUAACGAAGCAGCCCAGCGGCUUCAGUCGUAUACCCUAGGGUAUUUUUUGAAUGGGAGUCUUGCGGAUGUUCUGUUAGUAAUAAAUGGGAUGGGAGGUUCUAGCCCAGUUCGACAGUACAAUGCACACUCGUUCAUCCUAGCAAGAUCAAACAAGUUACACGACUUGCUUCAGAUUUCGCUCCAAAAGGUCGAUGCUCUAGAAUCAUCGAUCGGACAUAAUCGGGUAUCCCCCCAAACCUCUUGGGCUGACGAGAUGGAGCAUGGGAAUGAGACCCAAGAUAGAUCCGAAUUCAGAAAUCAUCGCUUGUUAGACGGUAAACUCACAUUGUCGCUCGAGGCUAUCGACGAGCCCGUGAGCGAAGACAGCUUCCUCCUUGCCUUGAGAAGCCUGUAUGGUGCUUCGGAUUGGGAACUUGAUGCAUUCCUCGAUCCUACACAUCCACAGCAUAGAACUCUUGAAUGGACCCGUGGAAGCUCCAAUGCAGUGAAACCGUCUGCCGGCAAUACCGACAACGCUUUAUCCGGUAGCAGUGACCACCUAGGUGGCCCAGCCAUGGAUGAGGAGGUUAGGAUGUUGGAGAGAAGUAUUGAGUUAUUUGCGGCAGGUCACUUGUUGGGAAUUCCGGGAGUCAUUCAAAAAGCAAAUUGGGGAAUUAGAAAGUGGGGGAUGCAACUUCAAGGCGGUGCGGUAGAGAGGCUUCUCGGGUUCAUCCUGGAGGAAUCGGAGAGUGUAGGAGAUGGAAGCGGUGCCUAUAAGGAUCUGAAAAGCCGACUAUUUAUGGACGUCAUUGAGUUCUUGGUUCAGUCUUUCCCGCUCAACUUCAGGCUAAACCGCAACGCCCCUCCAAGCCAACAGCUUUGUCGGUUCCCUAAGGAGCUCAAUCAACUCCCGAAAGCAGCUUUCGAGCCGACCCCGAAUCCGGAAUCGCAAAUAAUGGGAAUCUACUCCACUAUUAUCUUGAGCGUACCAUUCAAUAUCCUGAAAUUGAUCGUUGAGCAUGAGAAUUUCGGUGUGAGAAACCAGAGCAUGAAGAAGCGAUAUGAUGAUGCUAAGGCUAUCAUCCAAGAGAGGGAGAGGCGUCGCAAAUGGUGCUUCCGAGCUUCUCAACGGCUCUCAACGGAAGACCCUGGCAGCAGGAGCAAGAACGGUAAUAUCUUUUGCUAUACGGGUGGGGACGACGGCCAAGGUCCAUUCGAAAGUGUCAAAGGUUGGGAUGGGCAAGAAGAUUCUCCGAUGGAAAACCUGUUUUGGGAAGAAAGCGCAUUUUAUGCUAUCGGACAUGGACAGGGCGGCGGUGGCCGUGUUGAAAUUAACCGUAGAAAGAAGGGCGUUCCGACUGUGAGGGCUCUUUGGAAGUUGGAAGGUUGAGGAUACUGGAGGCGAGUGUUCGGGAUAAUUUUGUAGUUGGAUUUCUUCUCCAAGAUUCCCUUCUCGCAGAACCUUUGGUCUUACAGCAUUUUUACUUACUUCAUUCGUUACAUAUUCCUUACCAUCUGGCGAAAAUUGGUGUUAGCGGCCUUUUAUUUUUUCCUGUUAUCCGUCCGGUAGCAGCUGUGCAUAUACCAUACAUUUUUAGGUUCUGCUUUUUUCCCCUCAGGUACUUUUUUUCUCCCUUCCUCCAAAAAAAAAGGUGGUCCCGGUUUAGAUAUCCAUGUAAUCUCCAUUUUUUUUCCAUUUUAAUUGCUUUCUCGCUUCUCCGGGGUUCCAAUUGCGAGUGGUCUGUACUUUUAUGCUCUAUCCUUCUUUUUACCCCCCGCCGGUGCACGGGGAAGGGAGCUGGAGUUCUCGCUGGUUUCGUGGGCUAG